GGCUGAUUUCAACACUAGGCGUUUCCAAACAUUGCUCUUCUUGAAGAGCAAGUUGCCCGAGAGGAUCACAGACACUUCGGCAGGUCACCGGCACUGAGCGCAAAGAGCAACUACACCAUCAAGCGGAAGGAGAAAAGAGCGGGACAGUCAAUAUGAGCAGAUGUCUGAUCAAGAAGGAGGAGGUGCAGCGCUUCAUCGAGAGGUGUAUGAUGGCUGUGGGCACGCAGCAGCAUCACGCCCGCAGCCUGGCUGAGGUGCUGGUGGAGGGAGACCACAGGGGACACUUCAGCCAUGGACUCAACAGGAUGGACAUGUAUGUAAAGGACAUCAAAUCAGGAAUCUGUGCCAAAGAUGGCGAUCCUGUGUUGGAGAAGGAGAGUGCAGCCACAGCGCUGGUGGAUGGGAGGAACCUCCUGGGUCCUGUGGUGGGAAACUUCUGCAUGAAUCUGGCCAUGAAGAAGGCCAAAGAGGCCGGCAUCGGCUGGGUUGUGGCACACGGUUCUAAUCAUUAUGGUAUCGCUGGAUAUUACGCUACGCAAGCUCUGAAGGAAAACAUGAUAGGCAUGUCGUUCACCAACACUUCCCCUCUGGUCGUCCCCACACGUGGUAAAGAGUGCACUCUGGGUACUAACCCCAUCAGUGUGGCGGCUCCUGCUAACGACGGAGACAGCUUCGUUCUGGACAUGGCCACAUCGGCAGUAGCACUCGGAAAGGUGGAGCUCCAUGAUCGCCGUGGGGACCCUAUACCUGAGGGCUGGGGCUGUGAUGCUCAGGGGAAGCUGACCUCUGACCCAAAGAAAGUCCUGAAUGGAGGAGGACUGGUGCCCAUCGGCGGCAGCGAAGCAACAGGAGGAUACAAAGGCUACGGUCUGGGGAUGAUGGUGGAAGUGUUCUGUGGCAUCUUGGCUGGAGCCAAAUAUAGCAAACACGUUCGCACAUGGAAAGUAACAGACCGUGUUGCUGACCUGGGUCAGUGUUUUGUGGCCAUCAACCCAGAAAACUUUGCUCCAGGGUUCAGUGACAGGAUGUCAGACCUGCUGUCCAUCCAGAGAGGAUUGGACCCUGCUGACCCUCAUACUCCUGUUUUGGCGGCUGGAGAUCCAGAGAGGACGAACAUGAAGAAGUGUGACGAGAUGGGUGGGAUCCCGUAUCACAUUAAUGUUGUCAACUACAUGAACGAAUGUGCGAAGACAAUCGGUGUCAGCAAGCUGCUGCCGUGUGACAAUCUCAUCUCCAAUUAGAUCGUUCAGUCAAGAUUCUCAACGUCUGCUCAUGUUGACGUUCACAUUGAUUGACCCGGAAAUGCAACUCUGUUUUAUUCUCAUUUUACAUGAUAUGGAUGGAUACUUUAUUGAUCCCGAGGGAAAUUCAAAGCAUCCAGUAGCAGCUUACAAAGACGUACAUGACAUGAAACAUUUGUUACAAAUUAAAACGCAAAACCGACGCCCCCUCCCAUACAUACAUAUUAACCUGAAAAAAGAUUUAAAGAAUACCCCGAGAUGAAACAAACUUAAACUGUGCAAUUAAAAAUAGAUUUAUACAAGAAAUGUACGUAACUCGUACAGGGAUAAAAAUAUAUGUGUAAUUUAAAGCAAGAACCUAUAAACGGUUGAGGGAAAAAAUCUGUAAUUAGACCUGAAUAUAAAAAAAAAUAAAAAAUGAUGACAAUCAUAUUUUCAAAGUUUGACCAGCACUUGUCAGGUGCUUUUAGUAUUUAAUCUAAGUUCUGAUUCAAAUUGACCUUCUAUGAAUCAAAUCAAAAACCCUCAAAAUAGUUUAAAGAAUAUGUUUUUGUGUUUUAAGAUACUUCCUCCAUAUAGUAAUACCAAUAUAUAUUUUUAGAUUUCUGUAUCUCUGUAGAAAAUACAUCCAUUCUCUGUUGAAUGCUGAAGGAUGUGAAUGAGUUAA